AUGGCUGAGACCUUUGCGAAGAGAUCCCCCCAGUCUAACGGUCAACUACUUCCUAACCAAAAGAUGCGCACCACCUGCAACGCCUGCCAGCAAGCGAAGAUUCGAUGCAGCCACACUUACCCUUGUGAGCGGUGCGAAAGCCACGGAUAUGAGUGUGUCUAUUCGAUCUCGCAGCCGUUGGGCCGGCCUGCCAAGAAGAAGAUGACUCGGUCGGCAGCAGCGGCGGGAGGCGUACAAAGGCGCAGGGGGGAGGCGGAUGUAGUUGACCGUCUGACUCGGCGAAGUGCGGGGAGGGCACCGAAGCUACCCCCAGCAGGGAGGGUGCAGAGGGCGCGCAGGGUCCCGAGCCGGAUCCCGAGUCCAAGUACAGUAUCCGGCUCGGGGCCUGGGUCAAGAGGGGAAGAGUCGCACAAGAGCGACUCCAGCGCCGGCACUGAAGUCACACCACCGGAGGAAGACUUGCAGUGGCCGAGUUUCACAGAGUUGUUCUCGGAGGUUCCAGGUGAGCGCCGGCCUAGUUCAUGGGAAAACCACUCAAAUGGGGACCGGAUUCAGGACCAGGAUUUCGUCAGCACAAGUGAGGCUGAUAGCCACGUCGAUCCAGGAUUCGCCGAUACCAGCCUGGACAGCUCGUUUGAACGAGCUGACGGAUUCGGAAGUUUUGGGGGUCCCCGUUUUCCUGAGUCGCGCGUUGACUAUUCCACACAGUGUUAUUCUCCCCAGAUCGGUUUGAUGGUCGACGAGCCAUCCAUCGGAGGAUUCCUCCACGCCGCUGCGCCGGGCACCCUUCAGGGUGGUGCAAUCUACCCCUUCAGCCUCGCACCGAACGCGAUUCAGGUCUCUGGGACAGUUCAGGAUCCUGCCAGAAUCAUGGAAUUGCCCUCCAAUGAGAUCUGGCAAGAUCCCACAGAUACUGCGUCCAGUCAUUCUCUUCCGCCAGAAGAUAUUGACCUUGAGGUACUCUCGGAAGAUGCCUCUUCUCUUCACUGCAAUUGCUAUGCCCAAGCAUUCAGUGAAGUCGUUUGUUCCGAGGAGAUGAGAGGGGCGAACGCGAUAUUGCUCCACCUGGAAAGGGUGCAGCAACAGGGAGUGGUCAUCCUUCAAUGUCAAGCAUGCCUUGCUUCAAGCACCAGGGCUAAUAUUCUCACUUUAUUAGUCAUGGCGAUUGAGAAAGCGGCGCGGGCGUUGAAGGUGAGGGCCAAAUUGGCCACUACCUCGGUGCAAGGGGGGGGUUUAUUCCGUCUGGGGGGAGGAGGAUAUCAGCCAGAUGCGCCAUUGUCUGUCUCAUCUGUCAAUUAUUGUCCGUUUCAUCCAUCAAGAUCUCCAGUGUGCCUCACCUUCACAAUGGCACCUGGUAAUGGCCGACGAGACAGAUCGGCGGCUGCUGUCGAUUUCCCGAAUUUUCGAGUGAUCGCUGGUUGA